CGGAAGAAACAUGAAGGUCCUGAUAAUUUUAUCGCUAGUUGCAAGUUCGGCUGUGGGAAGUUUGGAACCUUCUGGUUAUCAACCACCAGGUUCAUCUCUUUCAUCACGUUAUUUACCGCCAAAUGAAUUGCGACCUCCGAUUGCGGUUGUUCCAUCGUCCCAAUAUUUACCAGCUAAUCAGUACACGAAUUCUCAAAAUGUCAUUCCAAGCAGUCAGUAUUUGCCAUCGUUGGAACGUCAAAGUUCUGGUCCAUCUCUUCCAGCAUCCACUUAUCUUCCCAGCAGUCGUCAAAGCGUCGUAAUUCCAACUCUUCCAUCUGCAAAUUACCUGCCAGCUAAUCGACAAACAAACUCACCAUUUCCCGUGACAAUGACUCCCUUUUCUUCCACAUCAAUUCGCAGUAGUCAAACUUUAACUCACAGUGGAAUUGAUGCACCUUCAAACGUCUACCUACCCGGUGAUCGCAUCACUCGAUUUGGCCAAGGUCAAAGCAGAAUCAUUGGAAAAUCCUUUGCUGCAGAUUCUGUUGGUUCUUUGACGCCGCCAACUGCGACGACGACCACGACGAUUGUAAAGGCUCCAUCGGCCCAGUAUCUUCCGUCAAAUCAAUUUGGAAAUUCGCAAAAUUUUGGUUAUGAUUAUAAUGCUAUUGAAGUGACGACGCCGGCAAAAUACGGUUUCGAAUAUUCCGUUAACGAUGGAUACGGAAACGACUUUGGCCACAAAGAAAAACGUAGUGGUGAUUCAACUGAAGGUGUCUAUUCCGUUCUUUUACCAGAUGGACGAAAGCAAAUUGUCCACUAUGAAGCCGAUUCGAACGGCUUCCGGCCAAGAAUCUCUUAUGAGACAGGAUUUGCGAGGUCAGGAUCCGGAGAGUACGACCCUAAUGCCAAUCUCGAUGGACCGUACUAACCGUGAAAAUAGGAGAAAAAAAAUCACGAGAGAGUAACGGUCAACUGUUCUUAAGGAGUAUCCAUUUACCGUGUGUGUGUUUUUUUUUUUUUUUUUUUGCUUUUUUAUUUUA